CCACACGCGGUUUCCCCCUUGGCAGCUGCGAGAAUCAGUGAACACAACCCCGGGCCAAGGGCAGGAAGACCCGAAUUCAAAUGCGACCCCCCUCGGGCACUUGACUAGGAGGACGUGAUCCUGGGUAACACGCUUCAGGGCUGUCCGCCUCAGUUUCCUCAGGUGUAAAGUGAGGGAAAUAAUAGUUUCCAACUCCAAGGCUUGUUGUAAAACACUCCGGAGGCACACAGUGGGAGCUUAAUAUAUGCUUAUUUCCUUUCGUCAAAGCAAAGAAGGGGGAACAAAGGAACCGGUGGGUUCUGCAGGCUCCAGGGCACAAGAGUUAGUUAAAAGAGGGCCGGGACCUAAGUCACUUUGCCUGGCAGACAAUUCUGAGGCUUUUUUGGAAUUGGGUGGAACUGGAUUCGAUCGAAUUUCCGAGAGGAAUCAUUGACACAGAAAGCAGGGAAAGGCUGUCUUGAGCCCAAUACCCACGACGCCAGAACAGUCAAUGCUCAUUGGCUGUGAUUCCCUUGGGAGGCAGGAAAGUUAUCCCGCCUUUUAUUUCCCUUGAGCCUGGUGAUUGGCUCUAAUAAACAUUAAGGCGGGACUUCGUGUGGUUAGUCUCCUCUAGUCUCGCGGAAUCUAGGGGUGGGGCUAUGAAUGACGGAGGGUAAAGCCCGAGGAUUGGGUGCGUUUUCGAAAGGGGCGGAGUUACCCAGAGAGACCGCGUGAGAAGGGAUCUCUGGUGUGACAGAAAGAAGGCUGUCAGUGGGGCGAAGCAAACCGAAUGACGUAAGGUGAAGGAAGCACAGCUGCUCCAGCCUACAGGUGUGUUCCUUGGCCUUCCAUGGCUCCCCCCGAGCUGGGGCUGCGGCCCCUCGCUUCGAUGCAGAACGCGCAUCAAUGGGGGGCGGAAGUUAAGGGCGGGGGGAGCUCCAGCCACAGAAAGCCCUUCAUCAUCAUCUGCAGGUGGAGAAACCGAGAAGGGACCUGCCUGCCCGACGGCACCCCAGGAAAGUCAGACGCUAUUCGAUGCCGGAGUCCAGCCCCGCGGACCCGCGGCUUCCGACAGCUGCUCUCCACCCUAGAGCUGGCCCCUCACAUCUGUGUGGUGGGCAGUGGCCCAGCUGGCUUUUACACCGCCCAGCACCUGCUGAAGCACCAUCCUCGUGCUCAAGUGGACAUCUAUGAGAAGCAGCUGGUACCCUUUGGUUUGGUCCGCUUUGGAGUGGCUCCUGAUCAUCCAGAGGUGAAGAAUGUUAUUAACACGUUUACCCAGACUGCCCGCUCUACUCGAUGUGCCUUCAGAGGCAAUGUGACUGUGGGCAGAGAUGUAUCUGUGUCAGAGCUUCGGGAAGCCUACCAUGCUGUUGUGUUGAGCUAUGGGGCAGAGGACCACAACAUCCUGGGCAUUCCAGGUGAGGAGCUGCCAGGUGUAAUCUCUGCCAGGGAUUUUGUGGGCUGGUACAACGGGUUACCUGAGAACCGCAAGCUGGCACCUAACCUGAACUGUGAUACAGCACUGAUUCUGGGACAAGGGAAUGUGGCUCUGGAUGUGGCCCGGAUCCUACUGACCCCAACAGAGCUCUUAGAGAAAACAGACAUCACUGCAGAAGCGCUGAAGGUGUUGAAACAGAGCCAAGUGAAAAGGGUUUGGAUUGUGGGACGCAGGGGACCCCUGCAGGUAGCCUUUACUAUCAAGGAGCUCCGAGAGAUGAUUAACCUACCUGGGAGCCAGCCUCUUUUGGACCCUGCAGAUUUCUCAGGCCUAGAAGAAUCGAUCAAAGAAGCUUCCCGUCCAAGAAAACGGCUAUUGGAGCUUCUACUACGAACAGCCCGGAAGCCACCAGGGCCUAAGGAGGCUGAUAGCAAAGUCACGACCCCUCGAGCCUGGGGCCUCCGCUUCUUGCGCAGUCCUCAGGAGAUGCUUCCUUCUCCUGAUGGAAGUCGAGUUGUUGGCAUCCGUCUGGCUGUCAUGAGGCUAGAGGGCUCUGAUGAGAAUGCCCAAGCAGUGCCCACAGGGGCAGUGGAGGAUGUGCCAUGUGGACUGGUGCUGAGCAGUGUUGGUUACAAGAGCCGUCCAAUUGACCCCACUGUGCCCUUUGAUCCCAAGCUUGGAGUUAUCCCCAACAGUGAGGGUCGUGUGUUGGGCGCACCAGGUCUAUACUGUAGUGGCUGGGUUAAACGCGGUCCCACAGGUGUCAUCGCCACCACCAUGAAUGACAGCUUCCUCACUGGCCAGGCCCUGCUCCAAGAUCUUGAGGAGGGCGUUCUGCCCUUAGGCCCCAAGCUUGGCUACUCUGUCAUAGAACCCCUACUCAAAAAUCGAGGGGUCCAACCCGUCUCCUUUAAGGACUGGGAGAAGCUGGAUGCAGAAGAGGUGGCUCAGGGCCAAGCAGUUGGGAAGCCCCGGGAAAAAUUGGUGGAUCCACAACAGAUGCUACAAAUAAUAAGCCGUUGACUCUUUGACCUAGGCCCCAAAAUUUGGCCCAAAGUGUAUCACAGCCAAGUUCAGGGGAAGGAGUGAUUCAGGAUUAUGACCCGAUCUGGGCAGGACCGGAGAAAGGGCAAGGAGGGACAAAGGACAGUGCCCUUGAGUUCUGUGCCAGCUGGACAUUGUCUUCCCCUUCCCCUUUUCUCAGGGGUCCCUGGCCUGUGCCACUACCUCCAGUGCCCUUUUGAGCAAAAACUCUGUCCUUCUCCCUCCCCAUUUGUUUGUUUGUUUUUAGCAUGUUUAGCAAGUUUUAGCCUCCGGCAUUUGGAUCACUUUAUGCUGGAGGGAAGGGGCAGGGCCAGAAAUCUGAACUCCCAGAAGCCUCAUCUUACAUCAGAGCAGAGCUUAGAACCCCUCUGCUGUCCUGACUCAUCCUCCAGAUGUGCCUUAAUGGGCUCAGGUGCCAGGAGCCAAGGUGGAAGUAAAGAACUGGAAUAAAAGUAGAAAUAUAAAUAA